AAAGAGCAUCUCUCUUUCCCUCCCUCCUCCCUAUGCCUCUCGUUCUUUCGCUCUCUGUGUCCCUCACUGUGUCAGCGCAGACUGUUCCAGGCUGCAUCGGAGAGCAAGUGAGAGAGGGAAUUGGUGUAGCACAGAAGAAGUGCUGUCCUCCAUUCAUCCUUCCUUCCUUCUUCUGCAUUUUCCAACUUCUCUCACUGCUGAUCUCUCCUUCCACUGUGCUGUUCUUUGAUCAGGGCAGACUGGGAUGGGUUGUGGAAAUUCCUCUGCGACUAAUACCACAGCAGGAGGUCCUGCAGAGGCUGCGAAAGAUGUGACAGAAGAUCCAUCACAAGAUGAUGAGAAAAGAAGGAACUAUGGUGGGGUGUAUGUGGGACUACCGACAGAUAUGAACACAGUGCCAGCCAGUCAGUCCAAGUCCACACGGAAAGACUAGCCUAUUAGAAACAGAGCAACAAGAAACCGCACUACAGUUGAAUAUCUAUAGAAGGAGUUCCUUUGGACCAAAAUAGACACCAAAACUGACCUCUGUGUGACAUUAUAUGGUCUUUUAUGAAGUGGUGCUGUGUGACUCUCCUCUGGGAUUCCACUUGUACGGGAACCGUCGCUCUCUGAGCACGUCGAAGAACUGGGUUUAAAGAAGCUUCUUGGAAAAGGAAACAAAAGGAAAUCCUGACAUUUAAAUGGCACUGGAGCCAAAGUGGCGUUUGUAGCUCAGGAACACGCCUGAAGUUCAACUGUAAUGAAGGCAUUUCAACACUCAAACCUCGGAUCAGACUCUGCAAUAAAGGACUAACCUGCAUCUAGGCUCCAAUGUGAGACACCAUUGCUAUAAUGAAACCAUUGAAACGCACAUACACUUUGACCAGAGAAUUACAAUUGUAAUUUUCACAGUAUGUAGUGACGAUUAGUCCAGCGCUCAGUCCAGAGUUAUGUAGUAAUGAAUGAAGCUGUCCAUCUAACUGUAUUCAUCAACGUCCAUGACCAAAUUAACAUAGAAUUAAUACAUUAUGCUCCUCAUGCACUAUGUGACUAGAUACAGAUACAGACACAGCAAAUUAGCUCUGCUGAACUAGGAAGUACUGGGACAAAUUCUUAGUGGCCUUUAUAUUUAGUGUGCUAUAUUUUAUGUCAUUUCAAGUACAUUACAUUACUUGUAUGUGCAUUGCCUCUAUCAAAGAUUGUGUAUAAUGAAAAAAAAUGGAAAAUUACCAUUGUUUGCUUAGUCUGUUUAUGUAUACUAUAUAUAUAUAUACACUAUAUAUGUAUGCUGGACAAGGAAAGAAAAAGCUAUGUGCUUCUUUGGAAAGAAACAGUUCUCCCAAAGGAUAUAGUGCAUUUGGGUUUUUGCCGCUGCUGCAAAAGUGCAAGCGCUGAAGCUUCUGGAUGUGUCUGUUUGCUAAAACUGAAAUGAUUUGCAAGCUAGUUCUAGGGAAAAGUGCAAAUUAUAUCACCAUCACUUAUAUACAGACUCAGGUGGACAGGGAAAUGAAAGUGUGGCUAAUUUUAGCAAGAACAUACAUUUUAAAUGUUUAGAGAAAAUAAGCUGUACGUAGUAUACAGUUUGAUGGUACACCAUAUAGGAGUAAAGGAGAAUUUGUGUCUUCUAGAAAGUCACAUGUUUGUGUGUUGGUUGAAAACUGAGCAAGAUGGGUAUGCUAAGAUACACUGAUAAGCUACACUUUAUGUACUGAAAAAGCUAUAAACAUGCCCAAGAUCAAGGCAUUUUUGACCAUAUUUGAUCUCAAUGCGUUCCUUUCAUUUUUUUUAUGUCAGAAAACAUACAAAGGUUGCCGUGACAUUUCAGUCUGGCUUUUGACAUCUAUGCAAGUGAAAAUAUCUUGAAUAUAGUUGAAUAUUCUGUAUGUAGUAUGGUAAUAAGAUUACCAUAAACCAAGUAUACUGUAAGAUUAUUAAACCUAUUUCUAAGUUUA